CUGUGGAGACUGCGAGCGUUGAGUGAAAAUAGAGGUGGGAAAGGGUUGGAUGCUUUUGGCAUCUUUCGGCUAGGCCAUCCCACCCCCUUGGCUAAUGUAUCCCGCGCAGAUAGAUGAGAAGGGAUGCUCCGAGUAUGGUACAUAUAUCCAAUGGCCGACCAUGUUUCUCCCGUUGCUUGCUUGCCCUCUCUCUCUUGUCAACACCUUCAUUCUUUCUCAUCCUUGUUCUUUUGCUGUGUGUGCAUUGCAGGACUUGGCUGGUUCAUGUUCUGAUAUUCCCACUCAGACUUUGACCUCACAUUCGUUUUUGACACUUUUACAAGUCACCCACUCUCUCUAACCCAAAACUCAUCGUUCCUUUGUCCCACCAAGUUCAUCACACCAAAACCAACAACCUUCAACAUAAACCUUCACUCGAAAGCUCCAAAAUGCCAUCCAUCGCAUCCACAGCCGCGGCGGUCGCUUUCGCCGCCACCUCGGCCCUGGCUCUGACCUCCACCUCCGCCAAGUCCGACCUCGACGGCUCCGUCUGGAAGAUCCUCGAGGGCACCUCCCCCGCCGCCUCGGCUCCGCAGGUCCGCGCGCGUAACCGCCCCACGAAGCGCCAGACGGGCUGGAACCCGCCCUCUGAGCUCUCGGGCGCGUUGAAGGAGGUAUGGGCGCACUACGAGAAGACGUACGACGGCGCCAUCGAGGGCAACAAGAACUGGGGUUGGGACCAGAUCAUGGCCAACAACGGCUCCAUCAACGUCUGCGUCCGCUGGGACUCCAACUCCCCCAUCACAGCCGCCCAACGCACCAAGCUCGCCUCGACCUACGCGGCCCAGUACCAAAAGUGGUUCAAGUGGCUCUACGGCUUCGACGGGUUCCCCUACGCCAACAUUGACGUCAACAUCGUCGGCUACGCCACCAACAACACGGCCCUGCUCGAGGGCUCGACCGACGGCCUGGACGUGUACACCUCCUUCGCGGACCCGCAGGGCAUCCCCGCGUGCGACCCGGCCUGCGAACGCGAAGCGCACCUCGACGGCGACUACAGCGGGUGCAAGGGCGGGGCAGCCAGCCACUUUGACAGCUCGCUGCAGCUUACCGACGGAUUGGAGGGCGGGUUCGGGUAUUCUUGGGGCCAGCAGGUGGGCAGGGAGUAUAUGCUGAACAACCUCGAUUCUGAGAGCGUUCAUAUCCUGCUGCACGAGAUGGGUCACACUUUUGGAUUGGAUGAUUUUUAUGAUUGGGAGCCGACGGGACAGAGCAAGUUCAUCAUGCUUGCUGGGUCUGCUAUGGAGGUUACCGACUUUGAUGGGUGGAUGUACCGCAACUGGUGGUACGAGCUCUCGCAGAAG